AUGAAUCAAUCCCGCAACCUUCUCAUCUAUUCUUUCAUUUCACGAGGAGAUGUUGUACUGGUGGAGUAUACUCCUUAUGGGGGAAACUUUAGGGUGGAGGCAAUGAAAGGGUUGAAGAAAGCGGUAGCAUCUACGAAAGGGAAAUACUCGUAUCCUUUCGAUGAGCUCACAUUCAACUAUUUAACUUUCAAUGGGAUCACCUAUAUGGUCAUGGCUGACUGCAUGUACGGCCGCAGACUACCUUUCGUUUAUCUUGAGAAGUUGAAAGACCUCUUUGUGGACAAAUACGGGGGUCGUAGCCUGGAUUCACUUCAAGCCAACGCGCUCAAUCAGGAAUUCGGGCCGUUGAUGAAAGAGCUCAUGGAGUUCAGCAUGCAUAAUAGCGAAGAAAUGAAGCAGUUGGCCAAGCUCAAAGCCCAAGUACUGGAAGUUCAGAGUGCCUUGGCCAACAACAUCGAGCAGGUGGAAGCUGCAUCAGCCAAGGUAGAAGAAGAUCGUUUUCCUCAAAAGCCAGGCAGAUCAAGGUGUUCAGCAUUCUGCAGGGUCAUAUUGUGCGUGCUCCUCUUGGCAUUGUUAGCAGGCUCGCUCGCUGCGUGGUUCCAGAUCUGUCCUGCGAUCGCUAUUUUCCGUCCGCUACUCGAGCCGAGCUCGUCUGGUUUGAGCGUUGCAUCAGAGGAUCCUUGUUCAGGCACUCAGUUUUCGUCUAUCCGCUCUCUCCACCACGCGUGGUCACACCAUGGGGGAACCGCACUCAGAUCCUUGCCAGGGGAUGGCCUGACGUCAGGUGAAGCCGUCACCAGCUCCCAUGGAGGUUGCUCUUCAGGGAAUCAAGACGCGGAGAAGCAAGAGGAGCGGCCUUCAGGCUUGCCCGUAGCAGAGCGGUGUAAGUCCCUUCUAGCAGCGAACUGGCGUGCUCAGCUGACCACAGUGCGGGCAGGAGUUGAGUCGGAUUCAGAGGAGGACGAUGCUUCGCCAGCUGCCUUGGCACGGGAGAAGCUGCACGGGUCACUAGUGCGCUACAUCAUGGUGGAUGGCUCCCCCAUCGUUGCUCUCCUCCCAGAUGACCCUCAUCAUGUGAACCUUCUUAUGGAUGACAGGGCUUCACUCACGGUGGGGGGUACUGACCCCCCUGCUCUCAUCCGCUCCCUCCUCACAUCCGGCCAGAUGCCACCUCGUGUUGCCCUGCUAGGCGAGCUCGUGGCUGUGGACUCAUCCGAGACACCUUUCAUCCUCCGUCGCUUCACAGCAAAGGCAGAGGCCGCUGCAGCGGCUGCUGCUAGACUGGAGGCCGCUUUGCCCUCCCCUCCCUCCUCCCCUCUCCCUUGCCCCCCACCCCUCUCGCAAACUGUGGCGGAAGGUGGGGGUGGUGGGGAAAGAGAGGAAGGCGCUUUGACCUUUUUCCGCAUGGAAGCUAGGUCAUGUCAGCUGGUUGAUUUCAGAGGCAAGCGAACGUCACUGCCUGUAGCAGAUGUCAAACCAGCCGCCACAGACCCCCUUGCUACAUCUCUCGUCCCUCUGCUCCUCGCGCUCAACUCCUCUGCCGCUUCGCGAGCUGCCUUUGCUUCCUUCUGCGAGGCUUUUCUGCAAGUGCCUGCUCGCCCACAGACAACAUUUCUCUUCUCUGCUGACCGCCGUGGCUUUAACCUCCUCUCACAGUCGCUGCAGUCACCGCAACAGCAGCAGACUGUAGAAUCUAGCCAAUCGGAGAAGCCCCAGUGGCGAGAGUUUCGAUUCGAGUUUCAAAGAGAAGUCACGGAUGCAAAGGGGUUUUUACAGGUGCUUAGGGAGAUGGAGGAGGAGGUGAAAGCAGAAGUGGAGAAGUAG